AAAGAUGACCAUUCAAACUAUUGCUCCUGCUGAACAACAGGAGAAUCUCUUAAAAGGUAAUAGACAUAACUUGAUGAACGCCACUGGACAACCUCAGAAGAUGAUGUGUCAUCAACAUGGUAAACCGCUAGAGAUUUACUGCCGCACUGACCAGCAGUGUAUUUGUGUGUUUUGUGUGGUGGAAAAACACAUAAAUCAUGAGACUGUAUCAACUGCAGCAGGGAGGACUGAGAAACAGAAACAAUUGGAUGAGACACAGGGAAAAUUGAAGCAGCAAAUCCAGGAGAGGGAGAUGAAGCUUUGGGAGCUGAAAGAGGCUGUGGGGUCUCAGAAGCGCUCUGCACAGACAGCAGUGGAGGACAGUGAGAGGACCUUUACUGAACUCAUCCAGUGCAUAGAGAAAAGACGCUCUGAGGUUACACGGAUGAUCAGAGACAGAGAAAAGGCUGUAGUGUGUCAAGCUGAAGGACUCAUGGAGCGACUGGAGCAGGAGAUUGAUGAACUGAGGAAGAGAAACUCUGAGCUGGAGCAGCUUUCACACACAGACGAUGACACCCAAUUCCUCUGGAGAUUUCCGUUUCUGUAUGAUCCUCCUGACUCUCUAGACAUUUUCAGCAUCACUGUCAGUUCCUAUGACGAUGUAAGAGAAUCUGUCUCUCAACUGAGACAGAAACUGGAUCAUUUCUGCAGAAAGGAGAUUGAAAAGAUGUCUGGAAGAGGGAGAUGCAUUCCGACUGUUGCCAACGCUGAAUUUGAGAGCAGAAAAGAGCUCCUGAAGUAUUUCUGUCGUUUCAAUGUGGAUCUAAACACAGUGCAUAAACACCUCCAGCUGUCUAAGAAGAACAGAGUGAUUGCCAACACUAACGUAGAUCAGCGCUAUCCUGAUCAUCCAGGCAGAUUUGAUUAUUGGUGGCAGGUGUUGUGUGCUGAGAGUAUAUGUGGACGCUGUUACUGGGAGGUGGAGUGGGAUGGGACUCAUGAUGUGGGUGUAUCAGUGUCAUACGAGAGCAUCAGAAGGAAGGGACGGGGUGAUGAGUGUAAAUUUGGAUAUAACACUGAAUCCUGGAGCUUGGACCGCACUAUCUCCGGUUACCUAUUCUGUCACAAUAACAAACAAACGAAACUCCUUACAGAGCCUGGUUGCUCUAGAAUAGGAGUGUAUGUGGAUCAAAGCGCAGGAAUUCUGUCCUUCUACAGCAUCUCUGACACAAUAACCCUCCUCCACAGAGUCCAGACCACAUUCACUCAGCCUCUCUAUCCGGGAAUUAGAAUUGGCUUUCCAAUUAUUUACAUGGCCUACUUUUUAUCAUGUCCAGAGCCUCUUCACAAAAUGGCUGCCACAUCAAGGCCUCUCCAUGUCAUGGCCGCCGUUCCAGAGUCUCGUCCCAAGAUGGCCGCCAUUCCAGAGUCUUGUCUCAAGAUGGCCGCCAUUUCAGAGUCUCUUCCCAAGAUGGCUGCCAACUCAGAUUCCCGUCCCAAGAUGGCUGCCAGUUCAGAGUCUCGUCCCAAGAUGGCUGCCAGCUCAGAGUCUCGUCCCAAGAUGGCUGCCAGCUCAGAGCCUCGUCCCAAGCUGGCUGCCAGUUCAGAGUCUUGUCACAAGAUGGCCACCUACCCAGAGUCUCUUCCCAAGAUGGCCACCAACCCAGAGCCACUUCACAUGAUGGCCACCUGCUCAGAGUCACUUCACAAGAUGGCCGCCAGCCCAGAGCCUCCAGUCGUUAUGGAUGUCAAGCCACAGUCUUCAGCCAUCACUGAUGCUACUCCAGUGUUACUGAGCAUCGCUGGUGUCAAGUCUGGCGGAUCCACCAUUGAUGUCGGUGCAUGCAACGGGCAUCCCAAGAGCUUCAGCACUGGUCGUCACAGAGACUGUUCCUCUAUCCUCAGUGCUUCCUUCAAUGAAUCCGCUCCAGAAUCCGCUCCAGUCCAUGAGUCUGCUCCAGAGCCUGCUCUAGUCCUCGAAUCUAAUCCAGAGCCCACUCCAGUCCAUGAGUCUACUUCAGCUCUUCCCGAGGUGGCAGCUUCCGCUGCAGAACCUCCCGAGUCAGCGGUGUCCGCUUCUGAACUCUCUGCCUGUCAUGUUAUGGUCAAGGAGACCGUCUAUGAACUCUCUGUCUGUCCUGUUACGGUCAAGGAGGCCUUCUGUGAACUCUAA